CUGAUAAGACUGAGGAGUCAGGGUGCAACAUUUUUGCCAAAUAGUAAUCUGUGAAACAGCUAACAAUAACUAAAUAAAACGUACCGUGAAACUAAACCUAAAAGAAACAGGAAGUAAAUAAGAAACCAGAAAAAAAUGGCCAGAAUCUCAAAUUCCCCAAAAGUCAAACUGAUCUCAACUUUGCUACUCAUCCUCUCAACAACUUUCUCCGUAACGAAGGCCGCACCAAGUAUCGAUUUCAAUCCUAGAACGGCAUCCAAACUUAUCUUUUGGUUUAAAGGAGGAAACCAUGAACAUAAAUACACCUCCCGAUCUUCCGUGUCCUGUGACCAACUUCCCGACCACGUCGGUCAAAACUGGAACUCGCUAACAGUUCGACUUGACCGUGGCGAAGAUGCCAGAGCAGAACGAUGUGCCAUCCUUUUUCAUCAUAGAAACUGUAUCGACCCUGUGUUGACCUUAGAUUUUUCCUUGCCCCCAAGCACGCUGACCCGAGAAAUUAAAUCCUUCCGGUACUGCCACGGGUCAUGUGACACCUGCGAAGGCGCAGUGCCCACCCUCCCAACAACGACACCACGACCGGAUUACGACGCCAUGAAUAAAUGACGAAAAGCAAAAAAAAAUUAGGAAAUCAAUUUCAAAAGGCUACUAAAUAGAUAAUUUAUUCCUGUAAAUAAUCGUGUUUCAAAGUUGAGACGUUUCCGUAUCUUCAGUUUUAUGGAGAAUUUUACAUAUUUACAUAUUACUCAAUUAUGUAUCAUGAUUGAUUUCUUAAUAUUUUUAUAUUGUGGUUUGUUAAAUAAAAGGAUGGAACGUAAAAAGAA